CAACCAAGCAAAUUAGAUCGAUUUCACAUAUUUUGGCGAUGGCAAGUUCCUCCAGCUUAGUCUCAGCGAAUGUAAGAAGACUAGAAGGGAAGGUUGCCAUCAUCAUCGGCGGCGCUAGAGGCAUGGGUGCGUCCGCUGUUAGAAUCUUUUGCAAACAUGGAGCUAAAGUGCUGAUCGCCGACGUCCAAGAUGAGUUAGCCAAAUCUAUCUGCAACGAACUGGGGCCUGAAUCUGCUUCCUUCAUUCACUGUGACGUCACAAAGGAAGAGGAUGUCAAAAAGGCCGUGGACACUGCCAUCUCCCAAUUCGGAAAGCUCGAUAUCAUGUUCAACAACGCCGGUAUCAUUGGACCAAUUGCGAAACCCGGCAUUUUAGAUAGCAGUGUCUCUGAAUUCCAGCAGGUUCUUAAUGUGAACCUCGUUGGAGCAUUCUUAGCGAUCAAGCAUGCAGCGCAGGUGAUGAUUCCUGCUGGUCAAGGUAGCAUAAUCAACACCGCUAGCAUCGCUUCCAUGUUUGGCGGUGCUGCCUCACACGCCUACACAAGUUCAAAGCAUGGUGUGCUUGGGUUGAUGAGGAAUGCUGCGGUAGAGCUGGGACAAUAUGGCAUUCGCGUGAAUUGCGUGUCACCAUAUAUGGUGGCCUAUGAAGAGGCGACAAGGAAUAUGUUCAAGAAACCUGGAGUUGCAAAUCUCAAAGGAGAGAUUCUGGAGCCAGAGGAUGUGGCAGCGGCGGCACUUUUCUUAGCAAGUGAUGAGUCCAAGUAUGUGAGUGGACACAAUAUGAUCCUUGAUGGAGGCUUCACUAUUACAAAUUCAGGUUUUUCUAUUUUUAACCUGAAUCGUAGGUCACAAAUUAUCUAAUAAUUUUGUAAUAAACUUGAAUAAGUAGUUUUGCUCUUCCUACAAGAGCUGACUAAUAGGGUUGAAGAUUUUAUUUACUAUAGCUGAGUGAGUAUGUGUUUUACUGAAAUUAAAAAAAGAAAAACCUAUAAAUUUUAAUAUGCAUAAUAAAAGUAUUGAUAUAAU